GUACAGUAGGAAGUGGACUAAAGAUUGAACGGCCUGUCGAAAACUUUCCUGGCGAUGCAUAUACGUAGUGUCGUGUGUUGACCAUGCUUUAGCGUCAAACCACGCUAUUGCCUCAUCAAGUUUUCGUUCGGCCAUUGCCUUUGUCGUCAAAGUCAAAACAGUUAUGUUUUACAUAUGGCUCAUUUCUGAGCUAAUUUACUAUGCUGAACUUUGUGUGUGUUUAAAUUAAAACUCAAGUAUUUUCUAGCGUGGUAUUUUGUUUUGUAUGGGAUUGAACAAUAUGCAGCAGCAGCCGAUAAACAAUGGCCGACUACUACCGGCAGAAAAUGGUUUACCGAUGUUUGGCUCUAUGUUAGUAGACGAGAAAUCGUUGACACCCUAUUCGGAUGCAACGCAGACGAAGAAGAAAAACACAGUCCGCAUAAAGCGGCCGAUGAAUGCAUUUAUGGUUUGGUCUCAGAUUGAAAGACGCAAAAUAUGUGAGAUCCAGCCGGAGAUGCACAACGCCGAGAUCUCGAAGCAGUUGGGUAAACAAUGGAAGACGCUGUCAUCGGAGGAGCGUACACCAUUCAUCCAGGAAGCUCAGCGUUUGCGUUUGCUUCAUAUUCAAGAGUACCCCGACUACAAAUAUCGCCCUCGAAAGAAGACGGAGGUUGCGAAAGGCUCCUCUGCUGCUCGUAAGAGUUGUACGACUCCUACUCCUGUUGUUGACCCCCCUAUGGACACUGCCAUGCCUGCGGUCUCGUUAGACGGAUGCAGUCAUUUGCAAGAGCAGCAGCAUUUAUCUGAAAGGCAGGAGCAGUACACUAUCCCGAGGAGUGGCCGAGUUUGUGCUGUUGUUACUCCAGGUUUAUUCAGCACGCUGCGGAUCGUCACCAACCACCAUAGCCACUUGUCUUACCAAGCAGGAGAAAGUGGCUACUCUUCCCAGCUUGCCAAUACUCUUUUGCCACAAUCAACUGCCACAGUCCCUUACCUUAUCGAUGACAGUCAUCUCAAUGUCCACUUGAAAAUUGACGAAAGAUUUAAACAAAGACUUUCUGAUAGUAAGCGAGAGCAUAGUCGAAGAGCAUUACAAAUGAAUGCUUCUGGAUUGGAGACUAUCAAAUCAGAACCGGUGGAGGUGGAGGAGGAACCAGCCGAAGUGUCGUUCACCUAUCAUGAAGCAGUAGGUGAAGAAGCUACUCAAAGUAACUUGUAUGUCACCGUCGAUGAACCUCUUCAAUUUGACGAUCGCACCACGUCAACGAUUCCAGUUUACUCCCCGUCAGAAGCGCCAUCCCCACCCUCGACCUUGUUGAGCUUGGACACUUUCACGACGAUUGUUAAUUACAAUACAGACAUUACUGACUUCAGCAGCCCAGCGUUGAAGCUAGAACCCAAUUUUGAUGGAAGGGUCCAAUAUUUGGGUCAUCACCAGGAAGCAUUCGUGUGGCCAAUAUCCAACUUCGCAGAACAACAAGACAGCGGAGUUGUUAAGUCUGAACCGGCCGCUAAUGUGAUGGAGAUGGAAGAACUGAAUGGGUCCAGUUUGGCAGACUUGGAUUUACUGGUAACGGAUCUUCUUUUACGUUUGGAUGACCAAUAGUGAAAUCUUGAAUGGUCUGACUUUACCUGUAAAUUCCUGUAUUCAAUGACGUGUGAACAGUAAUAGACAACUGGUUGAAACCCAAUUGUAUUGAUCAUAAAAAUAAACAAUAAAACGAAA